CAUAGCGACGAUGUAAACGAGUGAGGGGAGCACGGAGAAAUAGGUCCCUUGGUUCGUCGACGGUUAUAUCGGUUUUAAACUUUUUGAAGAAGGUUGGCUUUGUGUUCUACACAGUGAUGGAAGCCUUGCAACCUCUGGAUGUACUGCGGGUGUCCACAGUUUUGGAAGACUAUCUAGAUCAGCUUGCCAUACUGGGCUGCAUCAUGCCAGCUUCGUAUGAGGGAAGGCCGGAUGCCGGUGAUAUUGUUGGGAAUGAAGUUAACUCUGUUUUGCAAACCCAAAAAAAACUGGAGUUAAGGUAUGAAGAACUGAUGUCAGCCCGGUCUGAGAUUAAGGGAACCAAAUGGAAUGGAUCAGAGAAAAUUGCUGAACUCAGGCAACAAAUUCACGAGACAGCUGGAGACUUGAAAAGAAGCAAUCACGUGUUCAGUGGGACUAUGAAGCAAAGCCCUCUGAGUCCUGAAAACCUUAAGAAAGUUCAGGCAGACAGACAGUUUGUGGCAGACAUAGCUGCUGAGAUGCUCGAGGAAUUGCAAACUUCAGGAACAUUUAAUAGUCUUCUACAAGCUGUACAAUGGGAGAAAGAGAAAAAAAAUGACAUGUACAACACAAUUAUCAGGGAGGAGGAUGGGAGGAAACAGAUUAAAGCUCUCCAGAAACAGCUGCAAGAUAUCAAGAAAGACAAAGAGUCGGAAGUUCAGAAUAGGAAUGAGUUAAUUGCCCAUUUAAAGGAUCAGCUGCAGGAACUAAAAGCCAAAACCAACAUGGAAGGGAAGUAUGUAAGGAAGAACACUGAGCAUCAGGUCUUUCAGACACAGAAGAAAUGUCACCAGGCAGAGAAGGAGUUAGAGGAAGAAGUUCUGCGUCUAAGGGCCAAGAUUGAUGAAGAGACACGUGUUCACCAGGAAAUCGAAAACUUCCUCAGAAAACUUCAAGUGGAACUAGAAGAGAAACUGGAAUAUUGGAUGGAAAAGUAUGAUAAAGACACAGACGCUAAACAGAGUGAACUAAAUCUUCUGAAAGCAUCAAAAGCUAGUGAUCUGGCAAGACUUCAGGAACUGGCAAAGCAGUACAGGGAGUGUGAACAGGUGGUUAUUGAAGACAGAAUUGAAAAGGAAAAAGAAAGGCAAUGUCGUGAGCAAGAGGAGCAAGAAGUGAAGUCAUGUAUUAAGAUCCAGGCAUGGUGGAGAGGAACCAUGGUGCGAAAGGGAAUUGGUUCUUAUAAGAAACCCAAGAAAGGUGAAAAGGGGAAGGGCAAGAGCAAAGGCAAAAAAGCUGCUAGUAAAAAGAAGAAAUAAAUAAUGCAUUGUUUUAUUUUUAUGCUGUCCCAGCUGAGAGUUUUCUUCACUAAAGCUUUUCUGAGGAGUUUUGUGUUCCUUCAGAAACAAAGGUGAAUGAAACCAAAUGCAAUGCAGAGCAUUUUAUGCAAAGUUUAUUAAAAGUUAUAAUUUGCUCCAGACAAGACUGCAGUGUGAAUUAUGAAAUAUAUGACUGCAUGCCAUCAAAAUAAAAAUGAAAUAUAAGUCA